GGGGAGGAGCCUGGCUUUGUCCACACCAUGCCCAAGUCGCAGACCAGUGAGCUUCAGGAUUCGGUGCCAUUCCAGGCAGAUCCCUAUGAAAUCCGGAAGCCAAGUCGCUUUGCGGAUGCAAAGGCUCCAGUGAAGGAGGGUUCGGCACCGCGGACGCCCAACACGAAC